UUUUAUGCAAUUUUUCAUCGUGCUUAAAAGUGCAUACACGAACAUUCAUAUUGAUUUUCUAUUUGAAAUUCAUGGGCACAUGCCCGUGAAUUUGUUAUUUAAUUAUUUUUUUUAUUUUGAAUUAAUUAUUAUGAAUAUGAGAAAGGCCUAAUAAAUUACUAACAGUUUUUACAAGCACAUACCAACCUUCCUAUUAAUUACUUUUAUAAUAUUUGAUGUAUAUGAAAAGAGUUUUCAAAAAAUUUAUAAUAAUUUUUAUAAAUAAUCAGGAUAAAAUUCCCCAAUAAAGGGAUAUUUUUUUUAUUAAAAAUAUGGAUGUUUUUAAAUAUUUUAAAAAUAAUACCUAUUUAAAAAUACUAAUUAAAAUACCUAGUAUUUGAUUUAUUACUUCUAUUUGAUUUAAAUAGAAAUAUUUUUGUUUCUUUAUUGUAUUAAUUUCUUAUAGGUUUGUAUGGAUUCAAUAAAUGACACUAUUUAGGUACUUGCUUAUCACAAUUGCUCUGGGAUAUAGAGAAUGACAUAAAUUGUUAUGCCAAAGCAGGAUGCUUAAGUUAUCUCCUGAUAAAUGGUAGCUUUAUUUGUGUUGCUUUACUCUGAAUAAAUCAGUGUGUUAUUUGUUAAAUGAUUUUAAACACUAUCAUGACAUGCAUUAGGUUUGUAUUACCACUAACCUAGUCAUCUGGUGUAUAAUAAACACAAGACAAUUUAAAGGAUUAUUUUAAUUCAAUUCCAAUAUCCUUCAUGCCACAUUUAAAGGAAAUUAUGACUUACUAGUUGUAUAAAUAGAUCAUGUACUGAGUUUACAGAUAUUUUGUUAUGAAUAAACUCAAAUACACCAGUUUCAUGGAAUUUAGCACAUAUGUGGACUAAACUUCAGGAGUUAUGCAUAAAGCUUGACCUGGCAAAUCUACAAGGAGACCUAUAAACAUGUCAUACAUUCAUAUUCAGAACCAGUUCGACUUCGCAUGUGCCGGCGUCACAGAAACCGGGUUUAGAAGACUGGGUGAAAGAAGAAAUAACUGGCGGUGCCCUGGGUGUAAGUCCGGAUCUUCACUUUCGCCUGCCGCAACAUCCCCAAUGCCUUCCCAGUUGGACAGUAUACAGGAGCAGUUGAGUCGGAUCACUUUCCAGCUGGAGCCGUUGAAGUCUCUCUCGGCAGAUGUUGCCGUUAUCAAGGCCGAAAUGUCAGAUUUAAAAGCCUCUGUUGAAAUGGCUCACUCGGCUUUUGCGUCUUUGGAUGCUCGCGUCAAAGGUGUUGAAAAGGCUUUGACAGAGAUCCCUGAUUUGCAGGAGGAAGUAUGCAGACUGCGGCAAGAGCUUGAGGAUAGGGAUCAGUGGGCUCGAGCGAACAAUGUCGAGAUCCGUGGGGUACCCUUAAGGAAGGGAGAAAAUCUAUAUGAGAUUGCGGAAAGGAUAGGGGAGUUGAGUAAUUUCCCUAUAAGAAGGGAAUCUAUAAGCUGCAUUGCGAGGAUACCUACUCGAGUGCCUGAUGCUGAGAAACCUAUAAUAAUAUCGUUUAAUAAUAGAUAUAUUAAAGAAGAUUUGGUGGCGUCCGCGCGUAAAAGCAAGCAGCUUACGCUCGCAGGUUUGGGUUUCUCUGCUACUGGUCCGUUCUACGUAAACGACCAUCUGACCCAGAAGAAUAAGACCUUGUUAAGUAAGGCGAGAUCACUGGCUCGAGAGACGGAUUUCAGAUAUGUUUGGGUGAAGCAUGCAAAAAUUAUGGCCAGAAAAUCCGACACGUCACCUGUUUUUAUUAUAAGAAACGAAAAAGACCUUUUAAAAAUAGUUUAACUUUGUUUCUUGAAUGCGUUAGACUCCCGAAGUUGCAGUCUUUUAGAUUUUGUUAUAAACUUGUAAGCAGAUUGAGAACCAUGCGUGCAUUCCUUCCUUUGUGUUUUUAUGUGAGUCGGCUCGGUGGAGCGGGCUACCUGUUUCCGCAGGUAAGUGCUCGUAGGCAACGGCAGUGCGCGCCGCAGCUUCGACUGUGCGCACGCGUUGCAAGAAAUACAUUUGUAUGUUGGAGGUUUGACUGCGCACUUCGCAGUUUGUUUACAUCGCAUGUCAUUAUUUACGCUGAGCUUACGGUAUUUCUUAUAACUCUCCAUUCACUCGCCUGCGUUCUAUGCAAUUUAUUCUUCGGCUUAAAUUCCUUAUUUGCAUUUAGUUUUACCUGGAUGCUAGGACACUUUUUUCGGCUAAAUAGUUAUAUUUAUUUUGCAUAUUUCUCUCAGACUAUUUUAAAUCCUCAUUUAUCGCCAAACGUUAGUUUAAUUUAUCUUUGUUAUAAUUUGCUUAGUGCCAGUGCAGUAUCUGUCAGUAAUAUUUUUAUUUGUAGGUUUUUGAUGUCAUUGUUUAUUUUAAGUAUUAAACUGAUAACGUACAUAAAUUAUUUGCUAUAUGCAGUACCUUGUGUCGGAACUGAUAAUAUUAUUAUAUAUAGUUCGCAUAAGUUACUUAUGUUAUAUAUAAAUAUUAUAGCUAUAGUUAAUUAUUUUUAUUUUAUCGUUAACGCAUUCGGUACUAUUUUUAUUUUAUGUAAGAUUGUGACGUUAAGUAAAAGUAGAUUGUCGUUUUUCGUUUAUUUACAUUAUUUCCUUAUAUAUUUUGCAAUUGUUCACUGUAAUAUUAUUAUCAAUUUCUUGAUAAUAUCGAUAUUGAAUAGAAGACUUGUAUUGAAUACAUGUUAUUUAUACAGAUUUCUGUAUAAAUCGAUUAGUUACAAUGCUGACAUUAAUAUUAUUUUUAUCUGGUAUCUAGUACUGAGGUUCAUUAUAUUAUCUACUAUAGUCUUUACAAAGUUUCUACUUAGACUUAUGUUGAUUAUUAUUAAUUGUGGAUUCUAAUAUUAAAGUUUUUUACCAAAAUACUCGAGGGCUUCGUACAAAGACACAAAUAUUUAAACGUAAUCUUUUAUUAACAUCUUUUGACAUUGUUUCGCUGACAGAGACGUGGUUGCUUGAGUGUUUGGGAGACAGUGAGUUGUUUGAUGAUAGGUACGUAGUAUUUAGACGGGAUAGAAAUUACGAAAUGACUGGCGAAAAAUAUGGCGGCGGAACAUUACUCGCCGUUCAUAGGGACUUCGCAGCCAUUGAACGACCUGAGUGGCGGUCAUCUGCAGAGGAUAUUUGGGUGACAAUUACGCUAAAAAAUAACAAUCUUAAAGAAAACAUAAAACUACAUGUUUGUACAAUAUACCUCUGCAAAGAAGCGCUUGGUAACUCUUUUAACAUGCAGUUGAGUAAUUUUUCAGAAAAGCUUUCGUCUAUAUUUGAUACUUGCCCGAAUGACUCGUUUUUAAUAUUAGGGGAUUUUAAUUUAAAAAAUGUAGAAUGGUGUGAUGAAGGAAACUAUCUGCGUCCUAGUGGGGUAUCUGGGGUUUCUCAAUUGUUAUUUUUUGAUACUCUGUCAGAAUGUAACCUUAACCAAUUUAAUUAUAUUAGAAAUUCCUCCUGUAAUCGUAUCCUGGACUAUGUACUAUCCAAUGGGCCCGUAGUUGUCUCACACUGUGAGGAUCCUCUGGUUCCUGAGGACCCACAUCACAAAUCGCUUGAGAUCAAAUUAUCCUUCUUAACAAAUGUCGCACUUAAGAGCAAUCCUAGAAUUAAAUUUGUGUACGAGAAAGCCGACUUUGAGGCAAUAGUGAGUUCACUUAAUGAAGUCGAUUGGAAAUUGUUGUUAUAUAAUUGCUCCUUAGAUGAUGCUACGGAUGCCUUCUAUAAUCACCUAUAUCGCUUGCGAGAUUUAU